CAGAAGCAACACAUUUAAAGAUUGAAGCUUCUCUGUAAAGUAAAAAACUUUUUUUGGUCACUUUUAAGGGAAUCAAGAAGUAUCAUUAUAAAGCUGUAAGGUAUAACAUUUUCAAGAAGAAACCAUUUUCAAAAAGAAACCAUUUCUGAGAAGGAGAAGGCUAUAUGAGGAGUUUGGUGUAUAGGAAGAUGUGGUGGAUUGUUCAUGGAAGGAAGAACAAGAGGAACUUACACCGCGAUUUUGAGAAUAAGAGUAUAUGUGACUUGGGGAAAGACUUGGAGGAGAUACUAAAGGGGAGACUAGAGACUAUAGAGGAGGAACCUGAAGCGGAAGAGCGAGAGUGGUUAGGAGAAUCUCAUAAGCCAAUGUUGGUUAAGGCUAAGAUGAAAGUGGAGAAGGGAAAAGCAAUAGUAAAGGCAAAAGUGAAGAGUGGUAAAGUGUUUUACAUGUUGUGUGUUAUUAGUUUAGCCUCUAAACGUGGUUUUAAUGAUCUUGUUCUUCACUAAUUAAAUCCUAAAUUUCUUUUCUUUUUUCAUCUUCUUGAAGAAUGUGUAUAUACGUGUGUAUUUCUCUCGGUUAAUUUUACUUGUGUAGUAUGCAGUUUUGUGUUUAUUCUUGUCAUACUUGCUAAAUGAAAAAAAAGAGUUGGAGGUCAUGAA